CCAUGGGACCCGGAAUAUGCCCUGCAUCUAUUCUAUGCAACCCACUGUCACCGUCUGAUCACUCGUUUUUUUUUCAGCCGUUUGAUGAAAAAUCACGUGGCUCCCACUCUGCUUCACUAUCUACUCACUCACCCCUCUUUGACUAUCUAUCCCUGCGCACGAAGAUACAUACAAGCCAGAAAGUGAGAACCCAACCAAACGCUCCCUCUCUCCUUCUGUUUUCUUUCCCGCAUUGGAGUUUGCAAUUGCAUCUUUCAAGGACGACGUGUUUUUCUCGCGUUUUGGGCUGCUCGUCUUGUGUUUUCGCUCCCCGCUGCGACGUCGUUUCGACAGCACCGACAGUCCUUGCUUCUUCUUCAAGUAUACGAUCCUCCGCUUCUCUGCAUUUUCUGAUUUUUCUUCACCUCGCUUCUCCCGGUGUGCAGCUAUAAAAGAAAACAUUAGUAUUUUUCCAACUGCACUCUGUGGACAACAAGAAGUUGGUACGUAGUUUUCAAGCCGCAGCCCAGACAGUUUAUUCAUCUGAUGCUAGGUCAGAGUGAAAUUGUGGAAACCAUCCAUCAGCAUGAAUAGAAAAACCAAUGACAAUUUGAAACAGGAGAAAACAUUGUCAUAUGCUGAUUUUCAUCAUGAAAUUACCAAAACUGAGGAAGACGCCCACCCUUUAAAACCAUACAGAAAUCAGCAAAAACAAUCAGCUUACAAAAUGGGAAGUGAGGAAGACGAGCUGGUUAGGUACAUGUCAAAUUUACCAGGUUAUCUUGAGAAGGGAGAAAAAAUUCCUGAAAAAGUUUUGAAUGUUGGGGUGCUUGAUUGGGCUAGUCUAAAACAAUGGCAGUACAGCCAUAAACAGGUUCCCUUAAGUAGCCGGAGUUCGACAUCUACAAGUAAUAGACCAUCUUCUGUUUCAAUAGAGGGAUUAUCUGGUAAUUCUAGCAAAGGUCUUAGUUGUUCUCCUUCUCAUCAAAGAAUAUCUCGUCCGUCACUGCAAUCUCACUUCAUGACAACUCCGAUAAAGGAGUACCCUGUAUCUGUCAAAAAUUCUCAAGGAAGUUCUGGAAAUUGUCAGAAUCUUAAAGGUGACAGCAUUAAUGUUGAUACGCACAGUGAGUAUGCUCGAGUUGGCGACCAUCUUUCCCAGAACCAUACUGCUAAUAUGCCCAAAGGUUGUGAGAGGAGACAACAAAAUCCACUCAUUAUUAAGGAAAGUGAUAUCUUUCCAAGUGGUGGAACGAAUGAGGCAGCAUCACGUACUAAGCUUGAAAUGAGCGCUCAAGAUGAUGGUCCAGAGAAGAAAGUGGAGAAUUUCAGACAACCAAAUACUGAUGCUGCUGAGCACGUUAUGCAUGGCAAAAGCAAAUCGAUUGUUCUCAUUUUACCUAGAGACACCCCCCAGAAUAAGCAUCGGAAAGUUCCUGAUAUUCAAAGCUCCUUGUGUAAAAAACUAGCGAGUUCUGCUCAAACAAGACUUUCAGAAAAACCCAAGGAACUUCCUUGUAGAUAUCCAAAUUCAAAUAUUUCUUACACGUGUUCUCAGCCAGACAAAAUUAGUGGAGGGCAUUCUCAGCCGAAGCGGUCAGUAUCCAUUUCCAUAGAACCAGAAGAUAUUAAAAUUCCUGCUUCUACUUUAUCAGCACCCGAACUGGUCAGAGCAGGAAUAAGUCCUUCCAGAUCUAGAAAGGCCGAGGAAAAGAAACACAACACUGGUGCAUCUUCAUCUUCAAAUGGGCCUCUCAAGGGAAUAGAUCAGAAAGUAACUGCAGAGAAAUCAAGAAGUUCUUCACCUUUUAGGCGAUUUAGCUUCAGCAUUGGGUUUACUGGUAAAGGUCCUGGCUGUAAAGAGGUUGCGCAUGUGCCACAUCAGGGUUCUGUAGCAGCUCUUAAAUCUAGUUCGGAAAAUGUGAGAGGUUAUGCCGGCUCAAAAAAUUCAGGCAAUGAUAAACCUGGUGAUGCUUCCAAAAGCAGGUCUAGUAGCCCUUUAAGGCGAUUACUGGAUCCACUACUAAAACCAAAGACAGGUCAUCGCUCAAUGGAGUUGACUGAUAAAGAUUCGGUGUUAACGAAAAAGAAUUGUAGGCCAGGUGAGGGGGAAAUUUCUAUUGUGAAAAAAGAUGUGGUCAGGGGCCAGAGGGUUGGGUGUACCACUAUUAGUACAGUUGAUUUAUCAAAGAACAAAAAGAAUGGGCCAUCAACAUUUCAAGCUCUUCUAAGAAUUGCCGUGAAGAAUGGUCAGCCCCUUUUCACAUUUGCUGUUGACAAUAAUAGCAACAUCCUUGCUGCCACUGUGAAGAACUUGGCUGUCUCAGAGGAAGACGAAUGUGACCGUAUCUAUACAUUUUUUACCUUCAGAGAGGGUAAAAAGAAGAGCGGAAGUUGGAUGAAUCAAGCUAGCAAAACUAAAGGUUCUGAUUAUAUUCACCAUGCUGUUGCCCAGAUGAAGGUUUCUGGUUCACAGCAUUACGCUUCACCAAGACAGAAUUGCGUGGACUCCAAUUCCAAUAAGGAGUUUGUUUUGUUUUCUGUAAAGCUAAAGCAAGGAGAUGCUCAGGUCACUGACUAUGAACCAAAUGACGAGCUUGCUGCCAUUGUUGUCAAAUCACCCAAGGCUAUCGAUUUUAUCAAUUAUGCACAUCAGAGUAGUCGCCAGAAUGACACUCAAGAUGUUACAGUUGUGCUCCCAACUGGGGUUCAUAGUCUUCCAAGUAAUGGUGGACCUUCAUCUCUGAUUGAGCGCUGGAGAACAGGUGGAACAUGUGACUGUGGUGGUUGGGAUAUGGCUUGUAAACUUAAGAUUCUGGCAAAUGAAAGUGAUACGUAUAGAGAAUCAAGAAUUUCGAAAGCUUGUUUCCCACAUCCCUUUGAGCUUUUCCUCCAGGGUAAUGACCAGGACCAAGAAAACCAGCCUGCUUUCAGUUUUUCUCCCUUUAAGCCUGGGGUAUAUUCGGUAGCUUUUGAUUCUUCAUUCUCACUUCUGCAAGCAUUCUCCAUCUGCAUAGCAUUAGUAGAUGGCUUGAUAUCAUAUGAACUUUCUGGAUCAAGAAACUACAUCGAAGGAAAAAAUUCGAGGGAAACUGGGUUGGUGGAAAUAGAUGAACUAAAGGCUUUUGGCAAAUUGGAGGACGUUCCUGCAACUUACGUUGCUUAUCCUCCCCACUCUCCAGUUGGUAGAGUCUAAAAUUAAAUUAACACGAAGUCGUGUCUGAUUUCUUCACGUACAAUGUGGGUAACCAGCGAAGAUAUUAUACUGUGUUACUCAUAUCUGCUACAUAUUGGUAGAAAGUCAAGUUCAUGACAAGAUCAUAAAUCUUCCCUUUUGAAACAUGAAUCAAUUGAAGUGUGAAUAGUAGAGUAAAGUGUAUUUUAGCUUCUGGUAAUUUAUGCAUAUUCAUUAUCUCUAUGCAUAGUCAAAUAAAUUGUGUAUCUGGAAGCGUAUUCUGUGCUGCAAAACCUGAUUUCCGGAGUGACUCAAUUGGUAAAAGAUCCUAUGCAUUUUUUUCAUUUCAUCUCAGCUCAUAGUUAAUUUUAAAAUCUAGUUAGUUGUAUAAAUAUAUAAAAGAACGAUGGGAUUUGAAAACUGGACACCCAAAUUGUUUUGAAUAGGGAGAUUUGUGUGCAGAAAGAAGAAUAUCGAGUGGGAUUGUUAUUCGUGCUA